AUGCAGCUCCUUGAGGCGUUGAAGGCGAGAUAUGGCGACGCUCACCUGGAACACGUCUUUCGCGCGCAGCUUAAUGAUCGCGUGCAACGCAGCAACGAUAACCUGCAGCAGUGGGCCCUUGAGGUGGAGAAGAUGGUUCGAAAAGCAUACCAGUCUGUACCUGCGCUCAUUGAAGGGAACCUGGUUCAGACAUUCAUCGACGGCAUCCGCGACCUUGAAGUCAGAGCUGCUGUGAGGCUUGGGCACCACGACACGCUUAAGGACGCCUUGGCCCAUGCACUGGAGGUGGAAGCCGUGCGGCAGGAUCUUCGCUCCCAUCGCGUCAGGGAGGUUGCAGCAGCUACGGUUCGCGACCGCAAUAAAGGAUACAGCCCCUAG